GGCGCUGCUCUCCAUCUCACACAUGAGGACACACACUCAAUAGGCUAUGAUAUAAAAUACUCAUCUUCCCCGAGAAACAAGACAGCGGUCGGUAGCCAUUAGACGAUGUCUGGAUAAAAUCACUAUUUCUGGACUAGCCCACUGCGCUCUUGGCGCGCUCCCGCAGAGCGGUUUGAGCAUGAUCAACGAAUGUGAUCCUGCGUUUCCUUCUCCACCUCCUGCCGGUGCCGACACAGAUAGGCGUUUCGUCAUGUGUAAAGAUACAGUUUCACCGCAAUGCUAUUCCAACAGCGCUCCAGCUUCGCACGAGAGCCACUGACCCAAGUCAAGAGGAAAGGGUGGUGUCGCGCACUGGCAUAGUCCAUGCGCAUUCACGCUUUCAUCUGGAGUCGGUUCAGCGGAAAAGAAGCAGGUGGGCACUUUCAGACCUGACCCUCCUCACUCUCAUCUCUGACUUUGAUGGACUUACAGUACAUGCUGCGCGUUAGUGCGUAACUGCGGGCUGUUGGGUUUGGUGGAUGACUCCAUUUACGCGUUUAUUGCUCAGGGUGAAAGUGUGCUUCUUCAGAACACAGUUUGGUGAAGAUCUUCAUCAUGAAUACAGGAAGUGAAUCUCAGUCUUCAGAUUCAGAUGCCUGGCGUUCACGUAGUGUGGCCGAGGGGUUGAGGAAUGGAGAUGCCGGGAACUCGUCCUUGAGUGCCAAAGGUUUUCGUAGUGUUAAACCCAACCUGCAAGACAAGAAAUCACCCACAGCGCGUGAGUUUUCCCCAGUUAGAAGGGGCACCAGACCACUCUCCUCUGGAGCGUCCUCCCCUGACCCAGCGGCUCGUCGGUCACCCUAUAGCCGGGACUCCCCCGACUUCCUGUCUGGGCUAUUGCCCAAAGCCCUCUCGCCUACGCCCUACACUUCUCUGGAACGUUCCGGACUAAUGUCGGCCUCUCCUAUCGCAUCGCCAGUAACCGUAUCGGCGCUGAGUCAUUAUUCAUCGUCCACGGUUGGCCUGGAGGAGCUGCAGAUCUGCGGCUUGGACUCCUCCCCCACGUCCACACCCACCCCGUCCCCCACACUCAGCCAUGCCUCCAAUGCCCUCGAUGAGGUUCCCAACCCUACUGCCCCAUCAGCUGCCACAGGCACUAAUGGUCGGAUGACAAUGAAUGGCAGCUCUCACUCUCAGAGGCCCUUCUCUCCACCUGCGUGCCCCCCUCCUCCCCCGAACUUUAGCCCAGGACUGAUAAAGGUCCGGCAGGGAAGGAGUUCAGAGGGCUCAGAGACAGUGAGGAGAGAUACUGUGGUCUCUGGUCAGACAGUGGUCAGUAGUUCUGUGCCUAUUGCUCGUUUCUCAGAGGAAGAGAAGAAGGUGUCCAUCGUAAAAGCUCCCCAUUACGAAGGCAUUGGACCAGUGGACGAGUCAGGCAUUCCCAUCGCCAUCCGCACGACCGUGGACAGACCCAAGGACUGGUACAAGACCAUGUUCAAACAGAUCCACAUGGUUCAUAAAGCAGAUGAUGACUAUGCAGACACAUAUAAUGCCACAUAUGCAGUCAUAAAAAAUGACAACUACCCCGAUGUUCAGGCCCACCCUCCACCUCGAACACACACCUACCGGCCUCUCUCCAGAAAUACCUCAGACCCAGAUGGUGCCGCUCAACGGGAGCUCUCGCCGUCCCCGGUGCCCCCGCCGCCCCCUCCGAUGCCCUCUCUCCUUCAGCUCCGCUCACGAGACAUGGACAGGGAAAGAGAGCUGUCGCAUGACCCAAACGAAUGGGGCCCUCCGGAACGGAAAGUGGACACACGGAAAUACAGGGCGGAACCACGGAGCAUCUUUGAUUAUGAGCCUGGAAAAUCAUCCAUCCUUGAGCAGGAGAGGCCUACGUUUGAUUUAAAUCCAGAUGACAUAGAUUUAGAGAACGAGCCUUGGUUUAAAUUCUUUUCCGAGCUGGAGUUUGGACGGCCGCCUCCUAAAAAGAGGUUGGAUUAUAAUCCUGACUACUCCACGCGUGCUGUGGCGCAGUCAUCACUUUAUUUCUCACCUUUGGAACGGCCUGAGAGGCCUUCAAGUUCUGCAAGCGACUACAGGAAAAGACGAAAGUCAGAGCCAUCUGUCACUCAAGCCAACACAGGAAGUGAGCAGAAUGCCCGCCCAGUGGACUCUUAUAAAGCACAGACACUGAAGAAGCCCACCAUCCGCUCAUCCCCCUCAUCACCAUCCAGAGCCAAAGCUGGAGACACUAGCGAGUCGCUCUCUUCCUGUAUGAGCUCUCCAGGUAUGGAGCAUCCAUCCUCCCAUCUCUCCACAGAUUCACUCUCUAUCUCCACGCCAACCUGGCGUAGCUCCAAGCGCUCCAUCUGCUUUAAGAACGGAUGGCAUACAAGCCGACACGAAACUGCAGAGACUUGGAGCAGCGCUGAUGACAAAUCCGCCGUGACCCCUUCGUCACCACGGCUGAAAUCACGCAGCUGUGAUGAUCUGCUGUCUGAUGGACAUGGUGCUAGCAACGACGGGAGAACGUCGAACUCUGUGACUACCAUUCGCUCUGAAAGUGCUGGUUCAUUGCUUGACGAAGAUGCCACACAGCAGCCUCAAGUACAAAGUCUUACCUCAUCCCCCAGGGGUCGCCGACAUCACAGACAUAAGAUGCCACAUGAUAGCCCAGGUUUCCUUCAGCUUUACAAGAAGAUGCACCACAUUGACCGGGAGCAGCUCUUGCCCUCCGAGGUGAUUCGUUCUGUACGUGCACGAAUCCUUGAGUUGGAACGCCAACAGCAACAGCAAAGGCACAACCUUCAUGGCUGGGCGUCUUUAGGUCACGAGGUGCCACGACAAAUGGUACCCAACCGGAUAUCAGCAUAUGAGCAGCUUAUCCAGAAAUCAAAGUCCAUGCCGGAUCUUGGUGAUGACAAUGCCCCUUCAGGCACCACCACUCCAGGGUCCUCGAGGGCCAGCAGCUGUCCGAAGCGACGCUUUUCUGUUGAAUCGCUUUUGGAAGAGGAGGACAGUCCAGAAAAGGCACAAAGUCCCCCAGAGGGUCAGCCAAGAGCGGGACCAGACAGCAAUAACCUGGUGCCGGUUCACAGAAAGAACCAGCAUCAAGAUUACUCGGACAGCGAGCAGGAUGCAUGUGCUUCCGAAAUGAGUGACAUUCACAUAGAAGGAUCUUCAUUGUGCAGUGAGAGCGACCUGGACCAUUGCUCCCUCACCUCAUCAGAGAGCUUUUACGGUUCUGGGCAACAUCACCAUCAUGGACAUCAUCACCAUGGGCAUCACUUCCACCAUCACCAUCACGUGCACCAGAGCGUGGGUCAGAGUCAAGGUUACCAACAUCGCCACCUCAUCAGCUCCUGUAAGGGUCGCUGUCCAGCUUCGUAUACUCGAUUCACUACCAUGUUAAAGCAUGAGCGCCAACUGGAAAGGGCUAGGCAAGACUCCCAGCCUGGUACACCUCCGUUAGGCCAGCAGUCACCCGGUGAGUCAGGCCUCUCCAAACUUGCCUUCCUGGUCAGCCCCGUGCCUUUCCGCCGGAAACGAGGCUCCCCACCCACGCAGCGACGACACUGCAGAGGUGGACGGCCAAAAUCCAAAGCCGCAAUUUACGAGGCAUUAGAUGCAGCGCUGCAGGACAUAUAUGACCACUUAAGGGCAGAAAAGGGGCAGGGUCCAGCAAGGCUGCCAGAUGAUAACAUACUGCGCCGGCUACUGGAAGAGUUGCUACCAGACGUGCCCAAGCGUAGCUCCUCUUUGCGGGUCCAGAGAGGGUCUGGCUCCCCCUCCUUGUCCCAUGUCCACCAGCCUUAUCAUGGAGCCCACCAAUGUGCCUCCUUACAACAGCAACACCACCAUGCAGACGCCUCCAACAACAACCAGCAUGCUAAUGCUAAUGCUAAUUCUAUUGCGCACUGCUACUCAGAUCAGGGGUCUGACACGGGUCGUCUCACACCACAAAGCAGAAGACCCACACCAGAAAGAGAGGUUUCUUCUAAGCAGAUGACCUAUCUUAUAUUGUCUUCUCUUCUCCAUCAGAAACAGCCUGCCAGGGCUAUUUAUGAUUUUAAAGCUCAGUCUGCCAAGGAACUUUCUUUUAAGAAGGGCGAUGCGGUCAAUAUCAUCAGACAGAUCGACAGUAACUGGUUUGAGGGGGAGCACAAAGGACGGAUCGGGAUUUUUCCCAUCUCAUAUGUAGAGAGGAUUGCAUCUCCAGAGCGGAGGCAGCCUAUCAGGCCUCCUCCUCCAGCUCAGGCUCGAGAGAUGGGAGAGGCCAUAGCUCGAUACAACUUCAAUGCUGACACAAAUGUGGAGCUUUCUCUUAGAAAGGGGGAGCGGGUGAUCCUUGUGAGGAAGGUUGAUCAGAAUUGGUAUGAAGGAAAGAUUCCUGGCACGAACAGGCAGGGCAUUUUUCCAGUGUCCUAUGUCGACAUGGGGCAUGUCAGGGGCUCUCCAUCUAAGAGUCCCAGUCACCAAGGAGACACGCACACAUACAGGGCACAGAAGAAAAUGAUGCAGGAAUCGGCACAUCCAGGCGGUGACCCGUUUCAAGCUACGUACAAUUAUGUACCUCGCAACGAGGAUGAGCUGGAGCUGAAGGAGGGGGACAUUGUUGAUGUCAUAGAGAAAUGUGACGAUGGCUGGUUUGUUGGUACUUCCCGAAGAACAAGGUUAUUUGGAACGUUCCCUGGAAACUACGUUAAACCGCUUUAACAAACAGGAAACAAUGGCACAAUUACGGCCACUCCAGUGCCUACCGUGUAGGGCCAAUGAGGCACCUCACCUUUGAGAAGUGUGUGUGUCUGUGUAUGCGUGUGUGUGUGUUCACAAACAAAACUUUUCACAAAUAGCUCUGCCAUUUCUGCACGGACAAACCACUGGCGUUUGUUUCACUUCGAGCACUUUUGUUUUUGUGCCAUUACACUUUCUCUUCACUGAUCCUGCAUUUGCUACUCUGACAAUAGCACAUUGAACGUUCUCCUGUUAUUUAGGAAUUUUGUGAUAUUGAAGGAAAUUCAAUAUCAGAGUUUAAAAGGCAAAGAUUCAGACAGCGAUGUAGUGGUCAGUAGAUCAGUAUACAUGUGACAGACCUCAAAGAACAGACCUCAGCCAUCAGUGUUGAUCUGUGUCCAUCCGUGUAAAGAGUAAGAAGUUAGCAAAAGACUUCACUUAUUAUAGAUGAGGGUGGAUUAUUUGGUUAAAAUGAAGUGAAGUUGCUUAAUUUUCCAUUCCCCUUGUGUAAAAGUUUGUUUUUGUGUGGCCAAAAUAGGACAGUGUUCAUACAAUGGAUAGAAACAGGUAUUUUUACUCAUUGAUUGUAUAGGUAACCGUACGUUUACAGACAGAUUUACAAAAUAACUGUCACAAAGCAAUUCUGCUAUUGUUUAGGUGGCAGUCAUUCAUUUAGGAUAAUGUUCAUAUAAUUAUCAGUGAAUUGUAUUUGUAUAAAUUCUCAUUAAUAAGAAUGUGAAUUAACAUUCUGAUGAAGAAAUAGGCUUUUGUGAAAUUUGGUAAUAUACAUAUUUGACUGAUGAACUUGUUUUCUAGUUUUUACACACCGAGUUUUAGAAUCGUUAACCAGAUGUGACACCCAACUUUCAUAUGGAAAGAAAACAUGUAAGAGAAAACCAAUGCUUGUUUAAGAAAAGAAUGGCAACGAUGUUACAAUAACAAUGUGAGACUGCUGUAAUGUUUCAUUUUUAUUUGUGUAAAGUGACAUAAGAUAAGAUUUACCUGAAAUAGUAAUUUCCAGAUUUUCCCAUCAUGCUUUUCUUUCAAAGUUUGAUUAGAGGUUUAUCACUUACACGAUGUAACUCCUCUGCCACAUUUCUCACAAGAUUCACUUUUAAAACAGCAUCUACUCUCUUUCUUUAUUGUUACAGUAUAGUCUGUUGUGCCCUUACAUUCGGAGUCAGUUCACAUUUAUUUUGAAGGAUAUCAGUAUUUUCUGCACUAAGUGUAUUUUCAUUUGAAAGCAUAUAGCUUGUGUUGCAUUGGCUUAUUCUAAUAUUCAAUACUGUAAGUGUGUCUAUGAAUUUCACAGACAGCAGAGCGAUCUUAAAGCACCUUAAAUGUAUUAGUUGUAUUAUUAGAUUUUUUUCCUAAAAGCUGAAGUGUGUAGUUCUUUUUUUGAAAUACUUUUCACUUGAGCUUAAUAUGCAGAGACGGCUAUAAGUAAGCCAUUUGCAGGUUAAUUUCCCCAAAAUAUGUAAAGUUUGUUACUCUGUGGCACUGACAUGCUCUGUUUGUUUGAGCAGCCCGACACAGCAACAUUGGCUCAACCAAUGGCAUUAGUUUAUGGUGUGAAUAUUUAUCUGGCCAAUAUGAGAUAAGAGGGCAUGUUCAGGAAACCCGUUGCAAACAAUCCUAAUUUUUAGUUUAGUGACGUAACGUCAGAAAUUUCCACUUCAGUAUUUUUUAAAUGGCACUAUUUUGGCACUAUAAAUGGCUGUGUUUGCUGACACACCUUUGUAUGUCCUUUUGUAUUUUGACUGUACUUACAUUAUAAAGCUCUUUCACACUCUGCAUCUCAUUUUGGUUAUGUUUAUCUUUGUAAUUCAUCCCAUGUGCCAAAUUUUUCAUCAGUCUUUGGUGCACAAAAAGUAGGCAAAGAAAGUUUUGGGACGAUAAAGGACUUUUUCAGUAGACACUAGUCAAACUGGAGUCAGUGUUUGGCUUUGUUACAGCCACAACCUCCACUGAGGACUAAUGACCUUUUGGAUGAUAUUUUUGCCUUUUUACUUAUAGGUUGUUGAUUGAAAAACAAGGUAUAGUGUUAUGUGCGCGUGUGUAUGUGAUGAGCUGUCGAGUCUGAAAGAAUCUUGUAUCCUGCUAACUUUCAAAUAAAGUGUUUUCUUUCAUUCUUUCUUUACUUCUCUCUGCUUACCUUCUCUUAUUUUGUUCUAUAUAUAUCUAAUAAAUUUCUG